ACCCUGCCCGUAAGCAAUCUUCCAACUCAUCUCUGUCGUUUAUAGGACGAAUUUGUGGUAAUCCAUUGGUUGGGAUUACAUUUUUAACGAGAGGAUUUUCUGCUAGGACGAAUCGGCGGAUAUACCCGCAAAGAGGUGGCGGAUAAUUUCUGAGGAUCCGUCUCCUCUCCAAGUACUCUCUGAAACGGUCUAACGAUAACUGGGACUAAUGGAGGAGUUAAGGGAACCAUGGUAUGAAAAGUAUGCCAAACUUAGAUACUUCAAUGCCCCAGAUGGCGAGGAUUUACUCGGAAAGUUAUGGGGUUCGGGGAGAAUCGCCUUAUUAACUGGAAUUAAUUUUGGACUACUCGAUGCGUUAGUAUUGUCUAGACCUUUCCGUGUACCGACUUUGAACAACCUCGCAUAUUCCACCAUGCCUCUUCUUGGAAUAGCUACUACCUUUACCUCUGUGACAUAUGCUGCAACGAACAUCAGAGGAAAAGAUGACGUUUACAAUUACGUUCUUGGUGCUGCAGCCACUGCGCCAGUUACACACCUGUGGCUGAAAAAGCCUUUUUGGACGUUCAAUAUUACGUUGUUCUUUAUCUUUGCUGCGGUUACAAAGAAAUUGGUUACCGAGGCUGGUGGCACAUUCUUUCCUGAUCAGGUGAAAAGAAUGGAACUUUUGCGCUCGACGGAUCUUACUCUAGUAAAGAAACAUCCUCAUGUAUUGGAUUAAAUUACAAUAAUGAAAAUACAGAGGCCAGUGCCGGUUGCACACUCCUGUCGGUCUUUCCAUGGGUAAUAAUUGCUGUACCAAAAUCAGGUAGUAAUGUAUAUUAUUAAAUUAAAAUGUUUUACUCUAUUAUUCACACGUGCUAUAUGUAUCGGCAAAAUUACAAAUAAGUUAAUGCGUUGGAGA